AUGUGGAUCAAGCUUAGUUUGGCCCUUGGCGGCAUGGCCGUUCUGUUUGGUCUUUCCAUUCGACCCGUUCCUUAUCAAUACGUCACGCUGCAACCCAACGGUGGAUGGAAAGAGGCGUCACCCAACACGGAAGGAGCACGUAUUCUGUUGGGCAGUUCUUCCUUCAUUCUACCGCUGGUUCGCGCCAUCAAUUGGGUGGGGGAUCCCUUCAAGCAGUGGUUGGUUCCUCUCGCCAAUGACAUGACAGUAGAUGCCCUCAAACAAAAGGCCAUUGCUCUGAUUGGACACGAUGAUUUUGGAGACUUGGCGGAUUGGGAUGCGUUCCAUCGAUUGCUCCAAGUGGGCGAAGAGCAUUGUCACUUGUUAGGGCGACUGGCCCUCAAAGAAAUGGCAUUCAAGAUGCUAGCAUACAAUCUCAAGAUUCAAAAGCUAUUGAAAGAUCACCCCGAAAUCAAAGACGAAACCAUUGACCGGCCGGUCCUUCUCAUGGCAUUUACUCGUACAGGCGCCACCUUUUUGUACCAGGUCUUGGCGGAUAUCUACCGAGAGGAAUUGAAACCAACCUACUCAUACGAAAUAUUUGGAGGACCUAUCGCAAUUGGUGGUCAAGAUCGAAGAAUGCAAGAAGCAGAAAAAGCUCUAAACGACCUCGCAGUUGUCAAUCCACCCAUGAAGCUCUUGCAUGAAUGGAUUGCCCCUGACGAGCCCGAGGAUGAGCCUGGCUGGUACCAAUACACACUCAUGGGAGUGGUCAUCCCAUUCUCCUUUCCCUCGGAAUGGCACCACGCCAAGAUUUACCAACCAGAGAGCCAACAAUUGAACUUUCGCUUGUGGGAAACCCUCAACAAGAUUCGGCAGUGGCAAGCUGGGAAAAAGCUGCGAUUCCUCAUGAAGGCCCCAGAGCAUCUCUUUGGCUAUCCGCAAAUCGCUCAAGCCUAUCCCAAUGCCACAUUCGUGUCAGUGUCGCGAGACGAAGAAUCAUGGUAUCCAUCCUCCUUGAUCAUGACCCAUUUGUUUCGACAAAUGUUUGUCCACCCCCGUGUCGAGGAUACCAUUGCCUUUGCAGAUCGGCUCCUCUGUGGACAACGACAAGCCUUGCAAGUGGCACAUAACCUACCCAACAAUACCAUUCUACCCGUCCAGUUUGGCAAGUACCUGUUUACGCAGACCAUGGAUGUGGUGGAACAGAUUGCCAUUCAUGCCGACCUGCCGUGGGAUGAUGAUGCCAAGACACGCGCCCAGCAAGUGAUUCAAAAACGUCUCUCGUGGAAAAAGGAAAAGGCAUUCUACAAGUUGGAGGACUUUGGUCUCUCCAAGGAACUGGUGGCGGAACGGGUGGCCACCAUCUGUGACAAACUUCCAGCCGUAGAUUUGUAA